AAGGAGGAGAGCUCGGGCUGUUUGCAGCAGGGAUACCACCUCUGAUGGACGUCAUAUAGGAGCAGAUAACACUCGUAUCUAAUUGUUUCUGCUAUUGGCGACAGUUACGCAUGCGAGUGCGAGUUUCGUGGGGAGCAAACUUGCAAACGCGUCUUGGUGCACCACCGGUUUUAAUGUGUUUUAUGUGUCUGCGCUCGACAGUGAGGUAGACUUGUCCUGGCACGGUUUUCGUUUUACCGGCGUGGGGUCGAGCCCGUGGAUGCAGGUGCCGGGGGUCGGUGCGUGAGCCCCGCAGGAUCAACCUGUCAUAGGGGGGCGACCAUGGUUCCUCCAGCUGUUCCCAAGUGGAUGAGGAAUAUUUCUGCGGAGAUGCUGCUGCUGCUGCUGGUGCAGAUUCUGUGGCUUUUACCUGAGACCGGAGCGGCUCCUUCUCUGAGCUCAGAGCAGCUGGACACAGGGGUGGACUGGCUGAGCAAGUUUGGCUACCUCCCGCCCCCCGACCCGGUGACUGGUCAGCUCCAGACCAAGGAGGCCCUGACCAAGGCCAUCAAAGCCAUGCAGAGGUUCGGAGGCCUGAAGGAGACCGGAGUCUUUGACCAAGCCACAUUGGGUUUAAUGAAAACACCCAGAUGUUCUCUGCCAGAUGUGUCUGAGGGGACAGUGGGCCGCAGGAAACGAAGCCUCAUUCCACAGAACAAAUGGAAUAAAAGGCAUCUCUCCUGGAGAGUGAGGACCUACCCUAAGGAUUCAGCCUUACUGGGCAGGGACACCGUUCGAGCCCUGAUGUACUACGCCUUGAAAGUCUGGAGCGACAUCGCACCGCUGAACUUCCACGAGGUGGCCGGCAGCGACGCAGACAUUCAGAUCGACUUCACUAAAGCCGACCAUGACGACGGAUAUCCGUUUGACGGGCCGGGGGGCACAGUGGCGCACGCGUUUUUCCCAGGAGAGAGGUUCACCGCCGGGGACACGCACUUUGAUGACGACGAGGCGUGGACCUUCAGAUCACCAGACUCCCAUGGGAUGGAUCUGUUUGCGGUGGCUGUCCAUGAGUUCGGUCACGCCAUCGGCCUGGUCCACACCUCCGCCAUGGAGUCCAUCAUGAGACCGUACUACCAGGGUCCUGUAGGAGACCCUCUGAAAUACGACCUACCCUAUGAGGACAAGGUCCGCGUCUGGCAGCUCUACGGUGUCAGAGACUCGGUGUCCCACACAAUCCGACCCGGCGGCCCCUCACAGACAGCUGAGCCUCCCGUCCUGCUCGACCUUCCUGAGAACAGAUCCAACGUUCUGCUGGCGCAAGAUGCCCCAGACAGAUGCUCAAGUCACUUUGAUGCCGUGGCCCAGAUACGAGGGGAGGCUUUCUUUUUCAAAGGAAAGUACUUCUGGCGACUAACUCGAGAGAAGCACCUGGUGUCUCUGCGUCCUGCACAGAUCCAUCGCUUCUGGAGGGGCCUGCCGACGAACCUGGACAGCGUGGAUGCCGUGUACGAGCGACCAGGAGAUCACAAAAUAGUCUUUUUCAAAGGUCUCAAGUACUGGGUGUUCAAAGACAACAUCGUGGAGGAAGGUUACCCUCGUCCAAUCAGUGACUUUGGUCUGCCCUUGGAAGGCUUAGAUGCAGCUUUCGUUUGGCUGCACAACGGCAAAACCUACUUCUUCAAGGACAACCACUACUGGCGCUACGACGACCACCUGAGACACAUGGACCUGGGCUACCCCAAAGACAGCACGCUGUGGAAGGGGCUGCCGCCACAUCUGGACGACGCCAUGAGUUGGUCGGACGGCUCGUCCUAUUUCUUCAAGGGGAAGGAUUACUGGCGAGUGCCGGGCAGUGGCAUGGAGGUGGAGGCCGGGUACCCCCGCCUCAUCGCCAAGGACUGGCUGCUGUGCACGGAGAUGCAGUCGGACUCUCCCGACGCAGAGCCCAAGAGCACGGAGACGAGAGGAAACGUGCAACAUCACCCGGACCACGCGGAGAACGGGUACGAGGUUUGCUCCUGCACCUCGGACACCGCCUCCCCUUUGGGCGCCCGCCCCUCCCUUUCUCCCCUCUGGCUGCUGCCACCACUCUGGACGCUCUCGCUGGCCCUCAGCUCCGAACUUCUAUGAUACCAAAGCACGGGACCUUGAGUUCCUGAGCUGACUGGUGGAGGGCCAGUGGACACAAUCCAACAACUGGAAUACUUUCUUCUUAUUUUAUCAGUUGGCUUCAUUUCUGCUCUCGUUUUGUUAUUAUUUAUUUGGCGUUUGGUCCUUAAAGACAUCAACCUACCCACAUUGCUCUUUAAUGAUUAUGGAGGCAGAGAUAAUGGACUGUACUUAUAUAGCUCUCACAUUCACAUACGCAUUUAAACAGCAACAUUCUAUACGCAGCACUUCUUCUACCCCCACCAUUCAUACACUGUCGUCACAGCCAUCAGGGGCAAUUAAUCUUGAUAUCUUGCCCAAGGUCACUUUGGAAUACAGACUGUAGGAGCCAGGGAUCGAACCACCUUCUGGUUUGUGGACGACCCUCUUUACUCCUUAACCACAGCUGCCCACACAAAGGAAAGAGUUAUUGAUUACUUCUCAUCAUGAGGACUAAGUGAUGUCUCACACACAGACGGAUACAAGGCUGCUUGGGUUAUAGGCAGGUGCAGAGGUGAACGACAUGCGGACACACACUGUUGCUUAUCUUCUGAAAUGACAGCAGAUUUUCAUAUUAUCACGCUUUCCUCUGAUGGUAUCUGAGUAUACAGAUGGUUCUUUUUUAGGUCAUAGUUUCUGCCUCCACCCCAAAUCGUUGGAAUUAGAUUUUUGCUAAGUUGAAAAAUGAUAUUUCAAAAACAGUUAGUGAAAAAAAAGAUCAGUAUUAAGGCUCAUUUAUGCUCAAUGGACAGAGGCUUCUCUCUGUCUGUGUUGAUUUGGUCCUUAUUUGUGAACAUCUGAAAGCUCACAGAUACGAAUGAAACGGAGCAGUACCACCGGAAAUUGUGGGGGGGCAGUGUUGCCAAUAGAUCAAGUGAGACGAUCAUAUCAUCUGUCACAAUAAGUGUAGAGAUGAAUCCAGAACAUCGCAGGAUACCACCACAGAGAAGUGAGUUUGAAUAAUCUUUAGUAAUUUGGGGAACUGACCCUUUAAUAAACCCUAUAAUCCACACAUAUCCAUCACUGUUCAAAGUGAGGUCGGAACCAGCUCGACGUAAGUGCUUGUGACGGCUCUGACUCUUGCCGACAGUGUGAAAACUUCUUACUGUGAGAGCGAGACAGAUGCUCGGAUGAGUAGCUGGAUGGACUACACCAGUUUUUUUUUUCCUACUAAAUCCCUCAGCUAUACUCUGGAGUGAUGUGCUGCUGCUCAUGACUACAUUUCCAUGGUUUCAGUAUUUUCGCCUCUGGGUUGGAAGUAGUCCCUGCUCUUGGUUCUCUAGUAUUUCCCUGUUGACUUUUUACAUUGCUUCGAUCAGGUUAUAGAGUUUAUAGAGCCUUUUUGUGACUGUUGGACAAUUCCCCUCUCACCUCUUAUAGUCCUUCUGAAGACAAGGGUCACAACACGGCGUCCAGAUUUAUUCUUGCUGUAAAGAUAUAUUUACCUAUAGACUGAUAUAUUUGAGUUGAGAGGUUCUGCAGCUGCUGCAUAUCCAAGUGGGCUGUGUAUAUUUUAAGCUGUGUUUUCUAAUGUAAAA